CAGCCAAUCGGAGAGGGCCGCGGGGCGGGGUCUGAGCGCUGUCGGGCCAGGCGCCUGUUACCUGGGCAGCGGCUCCCUCCCGCUGAGCCGGGCGAGCCGGCUCCCCCUGGCCAGUCCCCUCCGCGGUCCGCACUGGCCAUCGGUUCGCCGGCAGGCCUAUAGGUGCAGCCAUGCAGGAAAGCAUCCGUUUUGCUUCAUCAGGAGAUGAUAUUAAAAUAUGGGACUCCUCAUCUAUAACAGUGGUGGAACAGUUCAACCCACAUACUUCGCAUUCAGUCAACUCACUAUGUUGGGGCAAUAAUAAUAAUUUCCUGGUCACUGCGUCUACCAUCGGUGAUAAAAUAGUUGUUUCAAGCUGUAAGGGUAAACCUGUUCCACUUUUUGAACUAGCUGAAGGGGCAAAACAGACAUGUGUGAGCUUAAAUUCCAGUUCUAUGCAUAUUGUCAGUGGAGGCCUUGAUAACACUGUUAAAAUCUGGGAUUUAAAGUCUAGAAGACUUCAUCGAUGCCUUAAGGAUCAUAAAGAUGAAGUAACUUGUGUAACAUUUAAUUGGAAUGAUUGCUACAUUGCUUCUGGAUCUAUGAGUGGUGAAAUUAUUCUACAUAAUGUUACUACCAAUUUAUCCAGCACUCCCUUUGGUCAUGGUAGCAGUCAGCCUAUUCGACACUUGAAAUAUUCUUCCUUUAAGAAGUCUCUAUUGGGCAGUGUGUCUGACAGUGGAACUGUAACGCUGUGGGAUGUAAAUAGUCAAAAUCCAUACCAUAACUUUGAAAAUGCUCACAAAGCUCCAGCCUCAGAAAUCUGCUUUUCUCCUGUCAAUGAGUUGCUACUUGUCACCAUAGGUUUGGAUAAAAGAAUCAUUCUCUAUGACACGUCAAGUAAAAAACUACUGAGAACUCUGGUAGCUGAAUCUCCUCUGACAGCAGUAGAUUUUAUGCCCGAUGGCACUACCCUGGCUAUUGGCUCUUCCCGUGGAAAAAUUUACCAUUAUGAUCUAAGAAAGCUGACAUCACCAGUAAAAACAGUCAGUGCUCACAAAACCUCUGUGAAGUGUAUACGCCUUCAGUACAGUAGCACUUGUUCAAAGUCCAGCUUUAAUAAAUGUUCUUCAAAUAAACCAGCAUCCAAAAGAACAGAUGUUAAAGCAAGUAGUAAUGUUGGAGGAAUUCAGAAUACUGGCAUAAUCAAAAAUCUUACCUCUAACACACCAAUUACAGUUUCACCCCAGCCCAUGUCAACAAUUGAGAGUAAAGGAGCAGAUGUUGUUCAGGACAAAACAGGUUUUCCUCGUAGCGGCAGCAUGGAUGUAAUUCUAUCUAAAGAAACAGAUCAUGGGAAGAGUGCCAAUAUGACUAACUUUGAUGAUCUGGGACGAGAUAGUUUGGGUGACAUGUUCUCUCCAGUCAGAGAUGAUGUUGCAGUUUACAAAACAAAUGAUGAUCUUCCAGGAAAAGGAGAUGGUUUGGAUUUUCAGCCCUACUUUCCUGGUUUGGAUUUCCUCCCCCAAUUCAACACUGUGUUUCCCAUAAAAAGAAACACAGUAGGUGCUUGCAUGCAAGGGACACGUUCUAGCCCAUUACAUGCAUUUGUGGGCUCUCCUAUUAAAGAAGAAGAUGAGCAUCCAAAUCAAGAUGCUGAAGCUACAAAAAUAAAUAUUGGAAUACAGGAAUCUAGAGAACCCUUGAAACAGCUUUCAAAAUUGAGCUCAUCGAAUGCUGAGUCUGGACAUUCAAAUACUCCACCUUUGCCCACUGUAAUCAAGACUCCGGAAGCAAAUGAGAGGCUAGGGAAGAAUAUUCAGGCACUCUUGAUGUCCGAUUCACCAGUAAAUGGUACUACCUCAGCAACUCCAAAGAUAACUUCCUCUGUCACUGCGGGAGUUGCCAGUUCAUUAUCUGAAAAAAUAGUAGACACCAUUGGAAGUAAUAGACCAAAUGCACCAUUGACAUCAGUUCAAAUUCAUUUCAUUCAAAAUAUGAUACAGGAAACACUAGAUGACUUCAGAGAAGCAUGCCAUCGAGACAUUGUGAAUUUGCAAGUGGAGAUGAUUAAACAAUUCCAUAUGCAGUUGAAUGAAAUGCAUGCCUUGCUUGGAAGAUACUCUGUAAAUGAAAGCUUAGUAGCUGAAAUAGAGAGACUACGAGAGGAAAACAAAAGACUAAGGACCCACUUCUGAAAGGUCCACACCAAGCUUAUUUUCUUGGCAUGAACAUAAUGAAUUUUGUACUUUAACCUUCAAGAUGUCAUCCGCCGAACACUGAAGUCGUGUAUGAAGACCAGUAUUGUUUUCUUGAACUCAGAAAACCUCUUCUUUUAAAUCAAUGUUAUAAGACACAAUACUUAACUGUAAAAUUUUUAACAGAGAUAAAUCUGCACUAAUAACCUCUGUAAAGAAUGUGUUUGUAUCUUUAUGGUGAACUGACUUGAAAUACAUGUGUUGUCUAACAGGAUAAGUAUUUUAUCAGAGCUUUAGCUGUCCAUGAAGUGCCUUUUAUAAAUGAAAAGGAAACAGGACAAAUGUAUUUUCCAUAAGAAUUUUUUAUAUAUACCUACUGUCAGAACUGUGUAGACUGACGCAUUAUUUUACACUUUUGUCAGCAGUAGUUUAUUUUAGCUUCAGUAUUUCGACUAUUUUUGUGAAAAACUAUAUUGUUUUCAGUAUAAUAUUUGGAGUUUUGUUUCUGCAUAGCUGGGAAAAACAGGGAAUCUACUAGUAAUUAUUUGAUUAACGUGCAGUUAUAGAUAACUCAAAACUUUUUCUAUAUGGAGCAAAACUUGGGUUCAGUCUUGGAAAUAUUAAUGAAUAUGAUAUCA